AUGUGGUCCAAGAUUGAAGAGAACCAGACAGUGGAGAUGACGGUAAAUCUGAGGAGGAUAUGCUCCCGCCUUCCUUGGACAAGGAAAGCACCAAAGGCUGUCAAGAUGCUAAAGAGGGAGAUACAGAAGCACUUCAGGGAAAAGAUAGGCGUUGUUAUAACCAGUGACCUCAAUAAUUUCAUACACUCACGUGGAAACAAGAAGGUUCCACAUAAGGUCAGGGUUAGAGUCACAAAGGAGGCAAGUUUGAAGAAUGCCGAGGAGAAUGUGCUGAAGACAGAUUUGGUCGUAGUUGGCUCUUUCAAGAAUCUUAAGGAGGUUAUUGUCGAUUAA